UUCAGAAAAAUAAAGACCUGCUAAGUGCAGUCAGAGAGCUUUAAACUUACACAAUUGCAUGUUAACUAAUAUUUUAUCAGUAAACUUAAACUGUGUAGCUGAUGCUUUUUCUUAGUCUCAGUUUAACACAAUGAGAUAGUCUACACUUUAACACUAGUAAGACACCGGACACAUUAGGCUAUCACUUAACAAAGAUAAACUUCCUGCAUAAAGUAGGCACCUCCUUAAUAGUUCUUCAGCUUCAGUCCACCUGAGCAUACACUAUCAGAACAUAUAAACAACAACCUCAACAAAACACAUUUCACUUCAGAAUGUCCAGGAAGGUCAUAGCAACCGACAACUCUACAGUUGUUAUUCGAAUAAAUCCACAAGUGGGGAGUGUUGUUAUUUCUGAUGAUGGACAAGAAGAAAAAGAACCAUAUCACAAUACAGUUUUUAAAGGAUUCCUUAAAAUACAACCAAAGGCAUUGGGGAUUGUCCAGAUAAUGAUUGGAGUAACAAUCUUCUUAUUUGGCAUUGUACUCAACAACAAUACCUAUCUUGAUAACAUAUCUGUCAACAGUGGCACAACCCGCUGGACAUCCCUCACUUACAUCACUGCUGGUUCUCUGUCUGUUUCUGCAGAAAAUAAACUUCAUUUGUGUCUGGUGAAAGCCUCUCUUGGAAUGAAUGUGCUCAGUGCCAUAACUGCUGGGAUAAACAUAAUUCUGAUCUCCAUAGAUAUAACAGCACUGUCUUCAACUAGGCAGCGUUGUGUCGACAAUGACAGUACUGCAAAUUACUAUGACACGUCUGCCUGUAUAUAUUUUGAGACUCUCAGUCAUGCAGUCAUCGGAACAUUUUUGGUCUUCUCCAUCCUUCUGCUCAUCAUCUCUAUAUGUAUCUCAGCAUUUGCCUACAAAGCCACCUGCAGCAGUGACUCCAAUGAGGACAGUGUUUCACUAAAUCAUCAGAGACCCUGAGUCACAGUAAGGAGUUCCUACAGUGCAAAGGUUGCAAAGAAUUCAUUUCUCAUAUUGUUACUUAUGAUUACUCAAGUUGUUUUAGUAAUUUUCUUCUAAUGUUUUAGUCAUCUGAGCAGAAAUAUGUAUCAGUAACAACAGAGAAAUAAUAUUUGUAUAUGGCCACAUGAUAUUCUUUGUUCAGUCAAGACCUUAUGUACCGUAUGUAUUUUUACUUCUCAAAUGUUUGACAUGGACCAAAGGUUGUAUUCUUUUUUCCAAAGUUUGGAAUGAGCUGCAUAGCCUGUACUGUAUCAUGGACUUGUAUGUUUAGUCUAUAGCGAUGAUACCACACUGAUGCAGAGUAAACCCACAUAAACACCAAGCAGUUUUUUGACUCCAGAAUGCAAUGUCUAAUGUUCUGAAGUAAAUAUGGUAGAUAUGCAAUAAUUCUGCUUUUAUUGAUAGCCAGGCCCUUUUAAUUUGAUCCUAAAAAUAGGUAGACAUGCACAGAAUUAGUCUGACUGAGCAGGUUUCCUUUAAUAGUGUAAUAGUAUAUACAUUUUUUGCUACUCUUGUCAAGGCUGUUUAAUAAAAAAAAAACAUAAUCUAAUGUAUUUGAGAACAGAUUUUGAUAAAGUAAAACAUGUCAUGACACAUGCUACUGUAUAUGAAUGUGAUAUGGGGUAA